AUGAAGAUUGACAACCGUACCUUUAUCGUUUCCGGAGGGUCCUCGGGCCUCGGACUAGCUGUCGUCAGAGACCUUCUGUCUUCAAAGGCAUACGUCGCGCUUUUAGACCGAAAACCUCCCCCGAGCGUCGAUGAAAAUAGUAGUAACAUGACGGGGGCAUCUACGUCCCGUCUGUGUCAUUUCGAGGUCGAUAUCAUGGAUUUGAAUCAGGUAUCAGACGCUGUGGAGAAAGUGGUUUCAUGGACCGCUCAAACAGGCGCCCAUCUGGGUGGUGUCGUAAAUUGCGCUGGGGUUGGUGUGCCAGAGCUGGUUAUCACUUCGAAAGGCAAACUACACUCAAAACACCGUUGGGACCAAAUUUUGGGGGUUAACCUCCACGGGACGUUUCAUCUAAUACGUUUAGCGAUGAAACACCUCAUUCGAGUGCCUCCAGAGGACACCGAAGACGCGGAGCGGGGAGUUAUUAUUAUGGUUUCUAGCUCUGUCGCGUACGAAGGGUUAGCCGGUCAGACGGCUUAUGCAGCUUCGAAAGGCGCGAUUUGUUCGAUGACUCUACCAAUGGCCAGAGAGUUUGCUCGGUUCAAUAUACGAGUAGUCACUCUGGUACCUGGAUUGUUUUCUACGCCGUUAACAGAUCAAUUGGGUCCAAAGGUGGCCAAGGAUAUGCAUAAAGAGGCUCUCCUAUACCCUCGGCGGUACGGAAAGCCAAGCGAGUUUGCGCAAGCAGUUAGAUGGGUGGUAGAAUGUCCAUACGUCAAUGCGGAAAACUUGAAGCUUACGGGUGGUUUAAGAGUUCCCACUCGGAUGUAA